GCGACUCCUGUCCCGAACGCGAGGGAUCCUUUUCGGCCGCGCAACUGGCGAGACGCGUUGUACGCAUGCGCCGUCCCGGCUGUCCUUGAGAGGGCGCGCUGGAGAGCGGCGCCGGGCGUGGAGAGCGGGAGCAUACCCUGCGCACGAGGACGUCGCGAGGCGCGCGGGAAAGGGAAUGGCGCUCAGCUCGACGAGGCACGCGCCGGAGCCCGCUUUCCAAGACGCGGGCAAUCCAGAUGCAACUGAGAAAAAGGAAAAUUCUCCAGAAACUCCAGAAGAACCUGUUCCACCUGCCCGAAAAAAGACACGAACAUUCUACAGUGCUGAACAGCUAGAUGAGCUUGAAAGAAUGUUCCUGGAAGAUCAUUAUCCUGAUAAUGAAAAGCGCAGAGAAAUUGCUACUGCUGUUGGUGUUCCAGCACAGCGAGUUAUGGUCUGGUUCCAGAAUCGCAGAGCAAAGUGGAGAAAAAUGGAAAAAUUAAUAGUGAAAGACAACAAGAAAUCUUCAACUACAGAAGCAGCUUUGUUAGCAGAUUCUCAACAAAAUUAUCAGGGUGCAGCAUCACUGCCUGUUUCUCAGAAAACUGAAAAUGUGCAUGAUCAGUCUCCUGCGUUCUUGAUGGGUCCUCCAACUAUUAUCUGUAGCAGCAUCCACAGUGAACAAUCUACACCACUGGUCUCCACUUCAGUUGUCUCAGUUACAGGCAAAUCAACACCAUAUCAAUCUGUGCAGACCAAAGACAUCUCCGAAGGCAUACUUGGUUCUCUCAAGGAAGAAAUUUUACCAGCCAUCCCAAGUCCUCCACCCAUUCGUAGAGCCAUACUGCCAUUUAAUGUGGCACUUAACACAAACAGUCAGAUUGCUCCAUUGAUGGCAGAUUUGUGUAACUGUCCUGCCAGCCAGGAAAACAACUCCAAUGAGACCUUCGCCUGUAACAUGCCAAGCCAAAGCAUCAUCUCUCCUGUGCAUUGUAAUUACCCUGAGCAGCUGGAACCUACAGCUAUCCUAGAAACCCCAAAUUUUUACUCAAGUAGUCAUUCAAAGAUGUUCCAGUUAAACCAACAUCCUCAGCAACAGAUGUCUCAAUUACAGCACUUUCCAAUCCACCUUACUGGAGGCAUGUUGCCCAGUGUCCAGUUGACACAAGCUGCUUCCAGUAAAUCCAGCACACCUUUUUUCUCCAUACCUAGCAAUGGUGGACUUGCAACGUAUGGAACAGCAGAAGCUCCUCCAGGGUUUCAACAGAAUCAUAUAGGAGGACAUCUCCUAAUACAGUCAUCAACUGAAAGCUCAGGUUUCAUUUCUGCUUUUCAGGCUAUGCCCUGGAAUGAAUUUUGUUUGCAAAGAGCUCCAGUUACAAAUCAACUUUGCUCACAGAUGGCAUUAUGCAGCUCAAGAGGGGAAUAUUACUCUGCAGAACAAGUGCAAUUUACUCAGAAUCAAGGUGUGCCACCCAAUUCUUGUCCUCUUCAACAUCCAAAAAACACAGUCCCAGGACCUACUGUGUUAUUAACUGCCAAGCAAAUGGCUCCAGCAGAUGAAGAUAUGAGCCCAAUCCAUCAGUCUCAGGCAGAGCACAUGGCAGCCUAUGAGGAGGUCCUUAAUUCUGAUGAUAUCUCGAAGUUCAAGUAAAUGCUUCAGGUUUCCCUGAAGACAGCAUGCAAUGACUCAAUCUCCUUUUUUAAAGAUGGUUUAGGAAAAAAAGAGAAAAGAAAAUGAUAUUUUUAUUCUAUUCUCGGAAAUAAACUGAAAUGAUGUAUAUUUUGUAAGUAAACACAUUGAAAAACAGAAGAAGGUGGGAAAAUAAGAUACUAAGACAACAAGUGCAAUUGUUGUUGUUGUUGCUGUUUUUAUUUGAUAUUUAUUUAUUAAGUAGACAUAUUAUUGCCUGCUGAGGUAAGCAGUGAAAUUUCAAUAAAUAAACUGAAUACAGUUCUUUAAUUUACAUAUGAGAUGUUGUUUCUGAGUAUCUGCAUAUUUAAUGCUAUGAGUAACUAGGGCUCCUUACCUUGUUGAAAAAGGAAUUUUUAAAAUGAUGCUUUCAUUAAAAAUUAUGGAGACAUUGUUGUCAUAAGA